GCUGGAGGCUCCCCGCUUAGGAAACACUGAAAUAGACAGUGAUUACAGCUCCCAGCAGAUCUUUAUUACUUUUAUAUGUAAGAAUUUGCUUUAUCUAUAUUAGUUAUCUACUUAUUUUUCUUUAAUCCUCACUUUUUCCUAUUUUUUGGAUGACAUUUUUGGGCUUCAGAACCAAUUACCAGGUUUCCAUAGAGUUAUGGUCUCAACAUACAAUGGUUUCAACAUACAAUGGUCGUCCUGGAACCAAUUAAUAUUGUAACUUGAGGGACUACUGUAUACGGGAACUGUACUGCAAAAAAGUGGUGUGAAUGCAGUCUAACUGGAGAUCAUUUUUCAAGGCUACAGAAGUCUAUGUGGAACUACAAGUGCCAGCGCUCAAUAUCACCAUGUGACUGGUGGUUGGUUCUUGCGAUAGCUAUGUGUCGCUUCUACAUGGGGAAAAAAACACACAAAGGGCUGUACAAGAGUAUUCAGAAGACUCUCAAAUUUUUCCAGACAUUUGCUUUACUUGAGCUGGCUCACUGCGCACUUGGAAUAGUGCGAACUUCGGUGCUAGUAACUUGGGUCCAAGUCAGUUCCAGAAUCUUCAUGGUUUGGUUUAUUACGAACAGCAUUAAACAGAUCCAGAAUGAACAGAGCGUCCUUCUCUUCCUGGUGGUGUGGACUGUGACCGAGAUCACUCGAUAUUCCUACUACACAUUUAACCUUCUCCAUCACUUGCCGUACUUCAUUAAAUGGGCCAGGUAUAAUUUAUUUAUUGUAUUGUAUCCUCUCGGCGUAGCGGGUGAACUCUUAACAAUUUAUGCUGCUUUACCGUAUGUGCGGAAGACUGGGAUGUACUCACUGAGACUUCCAAACAAAUACAAUGUGUCAUUCGACUACUACUACUUUCUCAUCGCUGUCAUGUGUUUUUAUGUACCAUUAUUUCCCCAGCUAUAUUUUCACAUGCUGCGUCAAAGAAGGAAAGUUCUGCACGGAGAAGUCUUUGUUGAAAAGGACGAUUAACCCUAUGAGCACGAUCUACAGGACUCUCUUCUUACAACCAGUCUUUUGACUUUCUGAUUCAACAUGUGGCGAAGGACCUGUUGGUUUAUUAUCCCGAAUAACCUCAUACGACUUCAGUCUUCCAAUACCACAUUCUGUCCUGUACUUUUCUUUUCUUUUUUUUAUAGGUUCAAAUCAAGACCGACACUGACUCAUUGAGUACACAAGGUGCAUUGUGAUCUUUUUAUAGAAAGAAAACACAAAAAAGUAAAGCAACAAAGAUUGGAAGUGUAUUUUAUUUUUGUACUGUAUAUCUAUGUUGACCACAUUCAACAAUAUGAAAAUAUUAAAGUUCUCACAC